CAGCAGCAGCGAUGCAGCAGGUGCUAGACAACCUCACCGAGCUGCCCUCGUCUGCAGGGGCAGGAGAAAUAGACCUCAUCUUCCUCAAGGGCAUCAUGGAGAACCCAAUUGUGAAAUCCCUUGCCAAGGCUCACGAGAGACUAGAAGAUUCUAAACUUGAAGCCGUCAGUGAUAAUAACUUGGAACUAGUGAAUGAAAUUCUUGAAGACAUCAGCCCUUUAAUAAAUGUAGAUGAAAAUGUUGCCGAGCUGGUCAGUAUUCUCAAGGAGCCUCACUUUCAGUCACUUUUGGAGGCCCAUGAUAUCGUGGCAUCAAAGUGCUAUGACUCACCUCCAUCUAGCCCAGAAAUUAAUCAUUCCUCUGUGAACAACCAGCUGCUGCCGGUAGAUGCCAUUCGUAUCCUUGGGAUCCACAAGAAAGCAGGAGAGCCCUUGGGUGUGACAUUUAGGGUUGAAAAUAAUGACCUGGUGAUUGCCCGAAUCCUUCAUGGAGGAAUGAUAGAUCGGCAGGGUCUCCUUCAUGUGGGGGAUGUUAUUAAGGAGGUCAAUGGACACGAGGUCGGUAACAACCCCAAGGAGCUUCAGGAGCUCCUGAGAAGCAUCAGUGGCAGUGUCACGCUGAAAAUCCUGCCCAGCUACAGGGACGCUGUCACCCCUCAGCAGGUGUUUGUAAAGUGUCAUUUUGACUACGACCCCUACAAUGACAACCUGAUUCCAUGCAAAGAGGCAGGACUGAAAUUUUCAAAAGGAGAAAUUCUUCAGAUCGUCAACCGCGAGGACCCAAACUGGUGGCAGGCUAACCAUGUAAAGGAGGGAGGAAGUGCUGGCCUCAUCCCCAGCCAGUUCCUGGAGGAGAAGAGGAAGGCGUUUGUGAGAAGAGACUGGGACAGCCCAGGGCCUUUUUGUGGAACUAUAAGCAGCAAAAAAAAGAAAAAGAUGAUGUAUCUCACCACCCGAAAUGCAGAAUUUGACCGACAUGAAAUCCAGAUAUACGAGGAAGUAGCAAAAAUGCCUCCCUUCCAGAGAAAGACAUUGGUGUUGAUAGGGGCCCAGGGGGUGGGCCGGAGAAGCUUGAAGAACAGAUUCAUCGUCCUGAACCCCACGAGGUUUGGGACCACGGUACCAUUUACCUCACGGAAGCCAAGGGAAGAUGAGAAAGAUGGCCAGGCCUACAAAUUUGUGUCUCGAGCUGAAAUGGAGGCGGACAUUAAAGCUGGAAAGUACUUAGAGCAUGGUGAAUAUGAAGGGAACCUCUAUGGCACCAGGAUAGACUCCAUCUUGGAGGUGGCCCAGACUGGGAGGACAUGCAUCCUGGAUGUGAACCCGCAGGCUCUGAAAGUCCUAAGGACAUCUGAGUUUAUGCCGUACGUCGUAUUCAUUGCUGCUCCUGAAUUAGAGACCCUGCGAGCUAUGCAUAAGGCCGUGGUGGAUGCUGGGAUCACCACCAAGCUCCUGACGGACACAAACCUGAAAAAAACGGUGGAUGAAAGUGCACGCAUCCAGAGAGCCUACAACCACUACUUUGAUUUGGUCAUUGUAAAUGAUAACCUGGACAAGGCCUUUGAGAAGCUGCAGUCUGCCAUCGAGAGACUGCGGGCAGAGCCGCAGUGGGUCCCCAUCAGCUGGGUGUACUGACAGGGAAGAGGAGAUGAAAGGACAGCUGAGCCUUUCUAAGUAAACAUUCGCCUAAGAAAGCGUGUGCGGCGCUAGACGGUACCUGCCGAGUUGAGGCAUUUUUACUCUGUAGACUGCAAUCUUAGUACACGAUUCUGAAUUUUUAUAGAAAAUGUGAAAGGGGAAGUGGACUUAAAUAUGUAAUUUAUCUUAAUUUUUCUAACUUUUUACAGAUAACCUUUCUAUUCAUAUCACAGAGAGAAAUGCGUUGAAGCAUUUUGUAUAUGUUUUAAUUUAGCAUUUUUGCCUUUUUCAUCCGAGUUUUCCAAUCACUCACUUUAACAGUGCAUUUUGGUCUCAUAUUUUCACUGUGAUAAUGGAUACUUGAAGCAGUUUUUGUAAAACCCUCAUUAGAGUUCUGUUGUCAGUUAUUCUUAUUAAGGGAAAACACUAAUUAUGAGCUGUCAUCCUAAUUUAAUUUCUUCUGAGAGCAGAAUGCCAAUCAUCAGUGCCAUAACCAGCAUCCCACCACGUUACUCCGUGUCUGCUUUCCGCUCUCCGCUAUCUUGGAGGGAGGGGUGGUUGCCGGUUGUAGUUUACAAAGAUAGUAGGUCCCCUUCAUGACAGUUGUUUAGGGGGAAAUGCAGUGUAAGGAGGGGCCCUCUACUUUGAGGCCAGCCUUUUCCCAGCAUUCACUGCAGGGAGAGGGAAGUGCUGCUGCCCACCAGUAAUUAGUACAGUGGGGCCCAGCAAGAAGGGGUGCACUGAGAGGGGGAGGAGGAGAGCGCCUCAGGAUUCGGGAAACGGAAGCUUAGGGCAAAGUAUUUAUUUUCACUAGUGAAAAUUUCACUGAUAAAGAAAAAAACUUAAUUUAUAAAGCUUUUUAUUAUACAGUUAGCAGUUAUAUUUGACAUCUGUAAAUUCCUGUGCUAUUUAAAGAUUCUCUUGAUUUUCCAUUUUGAGGUAUUUGUGAGUGAACCUUGUGUUUCUGAGAUGUGAUAUGAUAGGAUAUUUGUGCUGUAUUGUGCUGAGAACCAUAUCCAUUGAGUAGCUUGUGAAAGGUGAAAGUUAUUGCUAGAAGCUCUAAAUAGAUGUUAUUUAUACAGCACGUUUCGGUUAUGAAAUGUGCUUGAUGUUUAAUGAUGGGGGGCAACAGUGUUUUUGCUUCCUUGGACUCGCUGACGACAUCAUAUGCAAAUCUCUGCAUUCACAGUGGUACGCAUAUAGAUUCUGCUGCAGACACUUCCAGGAGGAUGCAGGUAGGCAGCCAGACGUUUUCCUGGGGCCUGUUGCUCUAUGAUUUGCAUAUUGCAGUAUCACUUCAAAGGGAAGGAAGGGUAGGUGCCUGGAUCUUGCUGGCUUUGAUGGUCUGGGGGCCAGGGAGGAGACUCCUGAGGAUUGUUUCCCUCACAGCACCAAGAAGAAGAAGAGGGCUCUGGUUGGGACCUCAUCAGAGAAGUGGAGACUUCCAGUGAUUGCCUUAGGUUUUCAAGGACUGAGAUGUGCACAGUGUAACAGGGUACAGAUCGCCUAAAGUAAUUACUCAGUUCAUUAAGACAGUGCCCAAGCUCUGUGCUAGCAAGAGUUCAACCGCGAGGGAUUUUUUCAGAUCCUGGUAUUUCCUAGUCAUGACACAUGGAUCCCUUAGGGUAGGUAUUUAGCAUCUCCCAAAAAUACUCUCUAAAAGAGUCACAAUAUUUAAUGGGUAUAUAUUUGCACCAGUUUCUUGUUUUCUCACAACAGCAUAAAUCAGGGGACCUGUCUAGAGGUAACUCUGUAAUUUUAGGGUUUCUGUGUUUUGUAUUUUUUAAGAUGGGAGUGCAUUGAGUUUAGUCCGUUUCCAAUGUAAAACUCAACAUGGGGGACAUUAGAAUCUGUUCCCUCUCAGGGAAUGUGUGGCUUCCUAGGAAGGAUGGCCUGGUGGGGUGGGAUCUCUCUGGGGCAGCACCAGGAGAGAGGUAACUCUGGGCUUGUGGAUUAAGUCAGCCGAGGUGCUUCCUCCUUUGUCAUGUCAUAAUGGGCUGCACCGAACAUCUUUAGAAAGCAGUCUGUUAGGAGGAAUGGACUUCUUUUAUUAAUGGUAGAUGGGCGUAAAUACCAGUCUUACAGAGAAGUGGUCUUGAAACAGUGUCAUCUCCUUGGCUUCCUUUGCUCUCACAGUGUCCUAAUCAGGGAUGGAAAACACUGCACAUGUGGCUUUUAUGGGCAGAAGGGCCAUGAGGAGGGGGCUCAGCCACCUGGUGUGUGUCUGGGGACCUCACAGGGCCAAAGGGAAGCCCUGAGGGCUAACCCACCUCUGCCCCUCAGCACUGUGUGACCUGGGCCAAGCCCUUCUAGCUCCAAACCCUCCAUCCUAGGGUAUAUCUUUAGGGCACUCCAAGAGCCAUCUUUCUGGGAGAAGGGAACCAAAUUUUGGGUUUCUUUCCAUUCCCUUUAGGAUUGCCAAACCACUUGGGGCCCUAUCUCACAGCAGAUCAGCUCCCACAUGGUGGCUUCAGAGUCACCUGGCAAGGAGUGUAGACCCAGAGGGGUUGGCCUUCUGCACUGGUAUUAGAGACUAGGGACACAUAUGUUACAUACGUUUGGGAGGGGGAGCUUUGAUGCAAGGGAAUGGUUUGAAGUGAUUCCAAACACUGUGUGGAUGAUGUUCUGCCUUCUUGGUGUUGGGUUUGGAGCCACUUGGGGCCAGACGCUGACUUAAUCUGGAAGGAGUCAUUGAGAUUGAAUGGCAUGUCUCCCUUAAACAAGGAGAGGCAGAAAUGUUGACCAUCAUGUUUUUAUCAAGUGGAAAAUAUAAUUCGAAUGAUCUUCUGAAAUAUGUAAAGAGCCUUGGAGAUGAUUUUCCUUGGUGCAGAUGCCAUUGGCCCAUAGGAAGAGCUGUGUUUGGAUCAAAUACCUUUCCUUCUGGCAGCUCCAUUGGGAUUUCUUUGGGUGUCAUAUGGUCUGCACUCACUUAAGCGCUGCUUACCCUACAGUAGAAAUGGCAUGAACAGCCCAGCACAACAAUCAGUGCAGUGAUUGACCCAGACCACACAGGAUGUUGCUUUUUUUUUUUUAUGGCAGCUGGCUUGUAAAUCUGAAUUUAUUUAAAACAGUAAACAAAUGAAGGCAUGAAGUAUUUCCUGAGGAGAGACAGUAGCCCCAGGUACCCCUGGGUGAAAUCAGGUUCACAGCCAGGCUGGUCCGUCUGGGCUGCUUUGACUGCAGUGACGUAGAUGUCCCCUCCCAAAAACUCACGGGAACAUAGAUCUUGUUAUGUGUACCAGCAUGUACCAUAUGCCAAAGGACUCUCUUCACCCAUUAGACAGGACCACAGCUUCGGGGGAGGAGGGAUGGCCAUGGCCUCAUGCAUACUUGUUCUUAACUGAUGAGGCUUUGCAGGUAAAGCCUUGGAAACUGGCCAGAAAUAAUCCGUCACCUCACCUGCUGUUUGACUCUCGACAUCCUUCGUUUUAGGGUCUGGGGGGUUCUUAAGUUGUUGUAUUUAAAUAUCUGUCCGGGGUUCUGGAAAUAAUUCUGUGCUAAUGAGGAGGAAGGAGGCCUGAAGUUUUUAGGUAAAGAGUUAACUGCUCAUUUUUUCAGACGUUGUCAUGUUUCGUAUGCAUACUGUGUGUAUGUAUACGUAUGUACACACACGUAUCAGAGGGUAUAAAAACCAAAAUCUAUCUCAGAACUGAUGUCCCAUAAAGUGUCUCUUGCAUAAUAAAAUUGAAUAUAUUUAUCUAAUCCCACAGCUGGUGUAAUAAAGCUUCAUUACGCCAGAGUUCUUGGCUUUGCUGAAUUCCUGUCUGUGGGUUUGAAGACUGUGGCACUGCCCAGAUACAGGUACUCAUCUGAUUUCUGAAGACUAGGUGGGGAAGAAAUAACCCAGAAGGUAUCAUGAUCUGUAUGAGUUUUUAAUCGACAAUUAAGAAGUGACAAGUUACUUUAUUAGGAAAUGGUCAUUUUAAUCUUGCAAUAAAACGCCUUUGGAAUGA